AUGGCAGCAGCAACAGCGUUGCAAUCUACUCAGACAUCCGAGAAAGAAGGGGCGAGUGGAACCCACCACCAGGAGAACACGGAUGGGAUCAGGGUAGAGGUUCUCCAGGGAUCGAUGGCCUUGGACUUGGCUAGACGAACCCAUCCCCCAAAUCCAUGGAGUUCACAGAUGCGAAAAUUAUACGCGUUCCUGACUGUGGCAUAUCUAUGCUCAGCCUUAAACGGAUUCGAUGGCUCGCUCAUGGGUUCUCUACUUCCUAUCCCCCAGUUUCGCGAAACGUUCGGGGCCGGCUUGGUCGGUUCUCAAGCGUCCCUCAUCCAAGGGAUGUACACAAUUGGAGGUGUCAGCGCGCUCUUUUUCGUUGGCUUCCUGCUCGAUAACUUCGGUCGACGGUUCGGAAUGUUUGUUGGAUCCAUCUCGGUCAUCCUAGGCACUAUUCUGGGAGGUACCGCCAAUCACAUAGAUCAGCUACUCGCCAGCCGAUUUUUCCUUGGCUUUGGAUACUCUAUCGCCGCGUCCGCCGCGCCCGCCUAUGUGGUCGAGAUGAGCCACCCCGCCUACCGUGACAUCCUGACUGGUCUUUACAAUUGCCAAUACUUCGUUGGUGCCAUUGCCGCUGCUGGUGCUUGCCGAGGAUGUCUGGUCUAUCCAGACUCCCGCGCAUGGCGCAUUCCUAUUUGGUGUCAGCUUAUUUCAUCCUGCUUUGUUGUGGCUUUUGUUUGGCUUAUACCUGAAUCACCUCGAUGGCUUUACAGUCAUGGUCACAGUGAGAAGGCAUGGGACGUUAUCACCAAAUAUCACGGCGAGGGUAACCGUGAAAAUGCCUUUGUCACUCUCCAAAUCCGCGAAUAUGAGGAGGCAAUCAAUCUCGAAGGCUCAGAUAAGAGGAUCUGGGACUUCCGAGAGCUCGUCAACACUAAGGCCGCGAGAUGGCGUCUUGUGUGUGUUGGUAUCGCAGCUUUCCUGAGCCAGUGGUCGCAGGGAGGUAUAACGACUUACUAUAUGGGUGGACUUUUGGAAAGCGCUGGGGUUACUGAUACGAGUCGGAUCCUUGACGUCAAUCUUGGUUACACCGUUCUCUCUGCUGGAGGAGCCUACAUGGGUGGCUUUUUUGCACCAACCCUGCGACGACGACCUAUGCUAAUUGGCGCGUCUAUAGCUUGUUCCCUCUGCUUUGCUGGGUUAUCAGCCGCCACGGGUGUGUACUCAGAGUCGCAGCAAACAUCGGCCGCCACGGCCUCAAUUGUGAUCAUCUUCCUCAUAGGCUUUUCCUUCAGCUUUGGCUGGACACCAUUGCAAGCCAUGUAUCCUGUCGAGUGCCUGGCGUACGAGACGCGCGCUAAAGGGAUGGCUAUAUACUCCGUCUUCACUAACAUCGCUUUGCUCGUAAACCAAUUCGGAAUCGGGAAUGCCAUGGACGUCAUCAAAUGGCAUACUUAUAUCAUCUUGACGGGCUGGAAUCUUGUACAGGCCGUUUUCAUCUACUUUUUUGCUGUCGAAACAUGCAAGCGUACUCUUGAGGAGCUCACGGAUAUCUUCGAUGCUCCUAACCCCAGAAAGAAGAGCACCCAGCCACACCGGGUCUUGGUCUCUGCGGAAACAGAUGAGGUGCUGCAGGCCAAGGAUGCUUGA